CGGGCUCCUGUUGACAUGGCCGCUUUCCCUGCAGAGACCAAGGUGUACGUGGGGAACCUGGGCACGGGCGCGGGCAAAGGCGAGCUGGAGAGAGCCUUCAGCUACUAUGGGCCGCUGAGAACCGUGUGGAUCGCCAGGAACCCGCCGGGGUUCGCCUUCGUGGAGUUUGAAGACCCGAGGGAUGCUGAAGAUGCUGUGCUCGGCCUCGAUGGGAAGAUCAUCUGUGGCUCCAGGGUUCGAGUGGAAGUGUCGACGGGCAUGCCCCGUCGCUCCCGUUACGACAGGCCUCCUGCACGGCGCCCCUUUGACCCCAACGACAGAUGCUAUGAGUGUGGUGAGAAAGGCCACUAUGCCUACGACUGCCAUCGCUACAGCCGCCGGAGGAGG